AUGGUUCGCAAUCUAGUUGUCAUCGGGGGUACUUCCCACCCGCAGUUGACCGAGACCAUUUGCAGUGUACUCGGACUCCCUCCCGCGGAGGUUCUGCUGUCCAAGUUCGCUGUUGGUGAGACUCGUGUCGAGAUCCAAGAAUCCGUCCGUGAAAAGGACGUCUACAUUAUUCAAUCCGGAGGUGGUAAGGUCAACGACCACUUGCUUGAGCUCCUCAUCACCAUCUCCGCUUGUAAGACGGCCUCGGCCCGCCGGGUGACCGCCGUUCUUCCUCUGUUCCCUUACUCCCGCCAAAGUGAUAUCCCCUACGACAAGGCCGGGGCUCCUCUCGUCAAGUCGUCCGUCCCGAACAAGCCCAACAAUGGCUACACUUUCGAAAGCACUCCUCCCACUCCGGGUCCCGGUAAGCCCGAGGGAUUGGGUCUGAUGAACGGCAUCGACAACCUCCAGAAGAGUCUUGCCAAAGCUCAGAUCGAAGAGCACAAUGGCAGCCCCGUGAAGCGCCGCCAUGCCUCCGGCAACGCACUUCCCCGGAGCGAUACGAAUGACUCUCUCAAGUCUCUGGCCAACAGCGCAAUCCUUGAAGAAUCUACAAACAACUCUUCGGCUGCUUCAAAGAUUAAUUCCUUCCAGCCGCGCCCUGGUUACAAGCAGUGGGUUGCGCAAGCAGGCACCCUGGUGGCUGACCUGCUGACGUGCGCCGGUGCGGAUCACAUCAUCACUAUGGAUUUGCACGACCCUCAGUACCAAGGAUUCUUUGAUAUUCCCGUGGACAAUCUUUACGGACGUCCUCUUUUGAAGAGCUACAUCCAGCGCAAUAUCCCCAACUACAAGCAGGCUGUCAUUGUCAGCCCCGAUGCGGGUGGUGCCAAGCGUGCGACAGCCAUUGCUGACCAGAUGGGAAUGGAAUUCGCUCUUAUUCACAAGGAGCGCCGCCCCACAAAGAUCACAGACCGCCAGAAUGCGACCAUGAUGCUGGUCGGUGACGUCCGCGAUCGGAUUGCUAUUCUGAUCGAUGACUUGGCGGACACUUCCAACACAAUUACCCGUGCAGCCAAGUUGCUGAAGAAGGAGGGCGCCUCCCAGGUUUACGCUCUGGUGACCCACGGCAUCCUGAGCGGUGAUGCUAUCGAGCGUAUUAACGCCAGCGCCCUUGAUAAGGUCGUAGUGACCAACAGUGUAGAGCAGAAUGACCACCUGCGCCGAUGCCCGAAGCUUGAGGUCCUAGAGGUUGGCCACGUUUUCGCCGAGGCCAUCCGCCGCGUCCACCACGGUGAGAGUAUCAGUGUUUUGUUCCAGUAUGAUUGA